CGCGAGACAAGGCAGCGCCAUCGUCCAAGUCUCAGGCUACGGCGGGCGACUGUUUGAGUUACGGGAGACAACGUGUUUAGUGGAGCCACUGUCAGCUACGGGUCGCACCAGGCCAAGCCUGCAAUGCAAACAAAGCCAAAGCAGGGCAGGGCGGGGCCAUAUUUAGCUUUCGCUUCUACAACCUCCUCUCUUCCCUCAACCCCACCUUACACUUUUACCUCCAUAUACGUAUGCUCUGGCUUUUUAUCAGCAUACAGCAUUGAUUGCGUUUGCUCCUACAUAUCACAUGCUCGAAUAUCAAAUCAACCCACUCUAGAUACCAGACGCACAGCCUUGUAUCACCACACACUUCUUCAUCUUUAUUAUACCCAUAUCACCAAUACAAAACAUGGCAGAUAGAGGCGGCCGUGGUCGUGGGGGCGGAGGCAGAGGGGAUCGAGGUGGAUUUCGUGGCGAUCGAGGAGGAGGAGGACGAGGCGGUGGAGACCGUGGUGGUUUUCGAGGGGGAAGUGAUCGUGGGGGAGGAGGAUAUCGUGGAGGUGGUGAUCGUGGUGGUGGAUUUCGGGGGGAUCGUGGAGGAGGAGGAUACCGUGGAGGGGGAGGAGGUGGUCGAGGAGGCUACUCGGACGAGGUGUCCGUCUUCAAGUAAGCAAAGAUAGCCCUUUUUGAUUUGUACUUUACUAAUGGAUUCAUCAGACACCCCUCUGGUGCACCUGCCACACUAGUUGAUGCCGAGGCCACCAAUGUGGAAAACAAAUACAUGGCAAACACCAAAGGCAUUAUGGCUUUGGGUAGUGCGUCCGUCAAGGAUCACUUUCCCGCUCGUCCUGGCUAUGGGACACUCGGCAAAGCCAUUACGGUCUUUGCCAACUAUUUCAAAGUGACAGUUCCUAAGGACAUGGCUGUCACCAGAUAUAACAUCGAAUUCCUGCCAGAGGCCAAAGGCCGAAAGCUAGGUCGUUUGUUUGAGCUGCUUCUUGAGAUGCCCGAGUUUGCUGGAGAUAUCACCACCGAUAUGAAAUCGAUGGUGAUUUCCAAGCAAGCACUUCAGAUCCCCGAUGGUUGGACCACGGAGAUCAAAUACCGCGCGGAUGGAGAAGAUGAGCCAUUGGAGCGCGCGAGUACCUACACAGUUCGAGCCGUCGCUCCGAUUUCAGUUUCAGUUGCGGACUUCCAGAAACACCUUUGUGAAGUGAACCCUGGUCCGAAAUUUGAAUUACGAUCCGACUUUAUACAAGUUCUGAACAUCAUCUUCAACCACCAUCCUCAAGCACAAGACGAUCUUGUGACCGCGGGCCGAAACCCGUUUUUUGCCCUUAGCCGGCAACAAACCAAUGCCCAUAACAUCACAGUUCUGGGUGGUGGUCUAGAAUCCCUCCGUGGAUUCUACCAAAGCGUUCGACCGGCCACUGGCGGCCUUUUGUUGAACGUCAAUGUGUCUCAUGGCGUGUUCCUCCAACCAGAUCGUUUGGAUGUGCUCUUUCCAAAACUGGGGAGUGGAGACAAGACAAUCUUAGGCAAGAAACUAAAACUGAUUCGUGUGAGACUCACACACCUUCCACCAAAGAAGGACAAGAAGUCAGGCAAGGAAAUCUGGCGUGUAAAGACCAUCUUUGGUCUGGCUCGCCCACAUGAUGGCCGGGGCGAGGAACAUCCACCCCAGGUCAGAGGGCUAGGUGCUGGACCGAAGGAAGUCAAGUUUUGGCUGGCUAAUCGUGCUCCUGCGAAGGACGCCAAACCUGCAGCCAAGGGGAAGAAGCAGGCUGUUCGCCCUGAUGGAUACAUCACCGUGUUCGAUUACUUCCAGUCGGCGUAUCCAAAAAUACAGCUCAGCGAAAGAAAUUCCGUGGUGAACGUAGGCAACGGCGAUCAUCCCAUCUAUCUCCCAGCUGAGGUAUGUCUUGUCCUACCAGGACAAAAUAUCAAGCGACGACUGAGCCCCGAGCAAACUCAGUCCAUGAUCAAAUUCGCAUGCCGUGGUCCUGAACAAAAUGCAUUGUCGAUUGUUGGUGAUGGCAGAGAUGUACUUGGCUUGGAGUAUAAGGCUGCGCGGUUCGACCUUGCUGUCAGCCAAAGCCUGAUUACCAUCAAUGCUCGCAUACUUCCAUCUCCAGGUAUUAAAUACAAGACUCCACAAAAUAAGGAGAAGACGCUUGACGUCCGAGGAGGCUCUUGGAAUAUGGCCAACAUCAAGUUCCACACUGGGAGCAAUUUGGGAGUUUGGACCUGCCUGAUUUUCCAAAUGGAGACAUUCCGUGGAAGCCUCAUGGGCGCAACUCGACGACGCAUUGAGCCUACAAUCAAGAAGUUCCAAAGCUUCCUAAAUGUAUCUGGUAUAAACGCCGCAGGCCUCAUUCCCGGCCCUCCCCCACCAGAGAUCAUUUUGCGAGAGGGUGACGAAGUUGGCAACAAUGGCAAAAUCGAGGCAGCUUUUAGAACUUUAUUCAUGUCGAGAGUCAAGGACCAGCCCGAGGCCAACAAACUUAGGUUUGUGCUCUGCAUAAUCCCAAUGAACAAUGUCGGCUUGUACAACAGCAUCAAAACUGUUGGCGAUACCAAAGCCGGUAUACACACUAUCUGCUGCGUAUCGGACAAGAUCAUGAAAGAUCAACGCCAGGAUCAGUAUUUCGGCAAUGUUUCUCUGAAGUUGAAUCUGAAGGCCGGUGGCAUCAACCAAACUCUCGAGCCCACCAAACUUGGCAUUGUGAGUGAAGGCAAAACGAUGGUUGUUGGAUUGGACGUGACCCAUCCUUCUCCUGGUUCGAAAGAUUCCGCCCCUAGUGUGGCUGCUAUCGUCGCCAGUGUCGACAAGUUUCUGGGACAAUGGCCAUCGGAUUUCCGCAUACAGGAGUCCCGCAAGGAAAUGAUUACAGGGCUAGAGGGCUUGUUUUUGUCACGGUUGAGCUUGUGGCAAUCCAAGAAUAAGGCUCUGCCUGAAAACAUUAUCAUUUACCGUGAUGGUGUUUCCGAGGGCCAGUAUCAAUUGCUUCUCGACAAUGAGCUCCCCCUUAUUCGCAACGCAUGCCGACAGAAGUAUCCAGCCUCGGAUACCAAAAAGGGACUCCCUAAGAUUUCAAUCAUUGUCUGUGGAAAGAGGCACCACACACGCUUCUACCCAACCACACUCACCGAUGCCGACAGAAAAGGAAACUGCCAACCAGGAACCAUCGUCGACCGUGGCGUGACCGAAGUCCGCUUCUGGGACUUCUUCAUUCAAUCCCACGCCUGUAUCCAAGGUACCGCUCGUCCGGGGCACUAUUACGUCGUACUCGACGAGAUUUUCCGCGGCCGUCCCAACAAGCCAGGCCACCAGAACGCAGCCGACGCCCUCCAGGAGUUGACGCACAACAUGUGCCACUUGUUUGGCCGCGCUACGAAAGCGGUUUCCCUCUGUCCUCCAGCGUAUUAUGCUGAUCUUCUUUGCACCCGUCUGAGAUGUUACCUCUCUGAUCAAUUCGACCCCAACGAUGCAUCGGCAACUGCCAGUGUCGCAAGUGGUGCGACUGGCGCGACCAACCCUAUGCCAGAGCUCAAGAUUGCUCCCUCUUUGGCGAACAGCAUGUUCUACAUUUAGUGUCUCCGUGGACACAUUCAAGUUUUGAAACUUGGUAUCAAAGCGGACCGUCCAACAUGUUUGACGGGACUCGUGACAUUUCACUUCUUUCUAGUUGCGUCUGAAAGCACCUGGAGAUUCUCACCGGUUUAUCUUCCAAAUCUCUUCCCUUCCCGGUAUCUAGCUAGACAUCCAGAUUGUCUGUUAGUACUAGCCGUUGCGAACUUCUUACAAUCUCGGGGAACAACUCUUUCCAUUUCCAAAAUCUCAAUCAUACACUCACUCACUCUUGAAGAAAAUAUCUGGGCAAAAUUGGGAUUUCAGAUUCGUUAUCUUAUUUACUUAGAACCAAAAUGAUUGGUUUUUUGAGGGGGCAGGAUUUAGAUUUAGCAAUCC